AUGAUCUUGUGGAAGUUUCAAAACUGGAUUGGUGUUGGAUUUGAGAGGAAGAUGAAAUUGCUUUGGUCACUGUCAAUCAAAUGUUUGCGAAGAUCAUAUCUUCAAGAAGAGAGGAGAUACGCCACGGGAAAAGACAGACAUCAAUGGACGCGUAACGUAUUACGUGAAUUUGACACAACCAAAUAUAAGCACUUGCAACCAAGUAAUGAUAAGUUUAUAAGAGACGUUCUUCUGAGUCUAUUGUUAGCAGGAAGGGACACCACAAGCUCAGCUCUCACUUGGUUCUUCUGGCUUCUCUCUAAGCAUCCUCAAGUUAUGGCCAAGAUCCGCAAUGAGAUCAAGACAAAGUUUGAUCCUACAGAUCUGGAGAAGCUCGUGUAUCUGCAUGCUGCAUUGUUCGAAUCAAUGCGACUCUACCCACCAGUUCCCUUAAACCACAAGUCUCCUUCAAAGUCAGAUGUUCUUCCAAGCGGACACAAAGUUGAAGCAGAUGCAAAGAUUUAA